AAGGAAGCACUACUGUGUAAAUCAGAACGUAUGCAUGUCUGACCAAAUCGAUGAGAAUUGCAAGAAGCUCCUAGAUGACAAAGUUCAGGGAUGCCCAGAAUUCAAGAAUGCACAGAAACUAAGUCGUCACCCAUCCCUUCAGACCGGUGGCUCCUAUGAAGUUCAUGAUAUCGAGGAUCUUCUUAGAGUUGGGAAACAAGUCAAGGGAUGUCCAUAUUUUGCUGCACAAACCCUUGCAGAAGCAGCUCAACUGGUUUUCUGCCCAUACAACUACCUAAUUAGUCCAAUUGUCAGGAGAGCAAUGGACAUUGAUAUCCGUGGCUCAGUUGUUAUUCUUGAUGAAGCACACAACAUAGAAGACAUAUCACGUGAGGCUGGAAGUGUUGAUGUUGAUGCAGAAUCACUUGACAGUUUGGAUGGAGAACUAGCAAGGUUGGCCACUAAUCAGGCUGUUGCAAUGAUAUACCAGCCCUUGCAUGAUGUCAUUGAGGGGCUUAGAAAUUGGAUUACUGACCAGGAAGUCAAUGUCCGCGAUAACGAGUUUGAACAUCCUGCUUCAUUUUGGACUGGUGAAAAUGCCCUGAAGGAACUCCAGAGGGCCGGUAUUACUCCUGUAUACUUCCCACUAUUGCAAGACUGUGCAACAAAGGCAGUCAAGGCUGCUUCGGAUACUGAGUCAGAUGAAGAUCGCUUAGCUGGUCAUCAUGCUAUGACACUUGAGACUCUAUUCUCCUCACUGAGCUACUUUUUCGCUGGGAAUGGGCGCCAUAUGUAUGAUUACCAGCUUGCUUUCCAACGGUUUGUUCAGAGAGAAGGCAUUUCUGCCACUGAACCAAGAUGUGUGAUGAGUUUGUGGUGCCUCAAUCCUGCUGUCGUCUUUCAAGAUAUUGCAAAUCUGACCCAAUCAGUAAUAUUGACAUCUGGCACACUCUCUCCAAUGGGCUCCUUUGCGUCUGAACUUGGUGUACAGUUUGAUGCUUGCAUGGAAGCUGCUCACGUGAUCGAUGCUGAUUCUCAGGUUUUUGCAAGUGUACUAUCAUCUGGCCCAACAACGCAUCGGUUGAAUGCUAGCUAUAAAACUGCAGAUGCAUAUUCUUUCCAGGACGAACUUGGAGCUUCAAUAGAAGAAAUAUGCAGAAUAGUGCCUGGUGGUGCUCUAGUGUUCUUUCCUAGCUACAAGUUGUUGGACAAACUGAAAGUGCGCUGGACUCAGACAGAGCCUAGAGGGAGCACUGAGGAACUCGAGCCUGUCCUAAAUGGAUACUAUAAUGCAAUCCUUGGUAAGGUUCCUCUUAAGAAAGGCAGAGGUGGUGCAAAACAAAUCGUGAAGAAUCGAGUGAGAAAGAAUACCCAACAGGAACCUGGUAAAGGAGGAGCUGCUUUUCUUGCAGUUUGUCGUGGGAAGGUAUCUGAAGGAAUUGAUUUCUCUGAUGACAACGCUAGGGUUGUGGUCAUUGUUGGCAUUCCUUUUCCAAAUAUAAAUGAUGUCCAAGUAAAGCUGAAAAAGAGAUAUAAUGAUUCCUACAAAUCAUCAAAGAAUCUGUUGAGUGGGAGUGAAUGGUACUGUCAUCAAGCAUUUCGUGCUCUGAAUCAAGCUGCUGGUCGAUGUAUUCGGCAUAAAUUUGACUAUGGAGGCAUAAUUUUGAUUGAUGAACGAUAUCAGGAAGAGAGAAACCUUGUACACAUUUCAAAAUGGCUUAAGAACUCUAUUAAGCUUUAUAGUAGCUUCCAGGAGACGAUGGUUGAAUUGAAUAAGUUUUUUCAAAAGGCUGAGGAACAUAUAAAGAUCAAACGUCAAGACAUGUUCACUAAGGUUAAGUUAGAUGCUGAUAUACUUGCAGCUAAUGGUGAUAAAAGAAAGCUGCCUUGGCCAGAAUCAAAUUUCUUAAAGCAGUCAGUACUGCAAACUAAUCAGAAGGUAAAGAAGGAAGACACUGGUGUCAAGGUUUCCAACAUUGAUGCUGAUAUGCUUACAGUGCACAGUGAUAAAAGAAAGCUGCCUUCGGCAGAAUCAAAUUUCUCAAACCAGUCAGGGCUGCAAACUAAUCAGAAGGUAAAGAAGGAACACGGUAGUGUCAAGGUGUCAGUACCGCAAACUAAUCAGAAGGUAAAGAAGGAACGCGAUUGUGUUGAGGUUUCAAAUAUUGAUGCUGUGGCAGGAGCAGACCCUAAAAAUCAUGGUAUGUCUUAUACAUCACCAGAAGCAUGGAAGAUCUCUUCAAAAUCUUCUGACUUAGCAAAGAGAAAAGGCUCCCCCAUACCCAGAAGUCUAACAACAGCAUGCCAUCUCCCUCCGCCCCACAAAGUCCAGUACAAUUCAAAACACAAGGCAAACAUUGGGGGGGAUUAUGAAGUCAGUGUUAUUGACUUAGGGAAUUGUGAUUCUGUUCCUCGAUAUCAAAAGUUAACUGUCUUUGGUCCAUCACAAGACAGGUCGCAAGAGCCUACUCUUGUGGAAGGAACUUCUGAAGAUGAUCCAGUUGCUAGUCCCAGCAAUCAUUCUGAGGUAAAUACCUCUGCAGUGAUGAAUGAUGAUGAAGAUCAGGUCGUAGACGUGUCUGCUUCACUCUCAACAGUGAAUAGAAAUCAUUCUUGUGUGUCCACAUCAGCGGGCACUCCUGAAAGAACAGCUGAUAGAGGAUAUCAGUUGGAUCAUGAAUCUUCAGUGAACAAAAGCGUAAAUUCUCACCACCAGAAAAGGAGAAGGCUUAAUAUUCCUAUGAGCUGUUGCACUGAUACAGAGCAUUCUAAUCUUUUGAAUCCUUCAAGAACAUCUAUUUGUAAUACUGAUUCUGCUUCGAGGUUGGUGCAUGGAGAUCUGAAGAGUGCUGAUGGGCUGUGUUGUAGAAGUAUGAACAUGUCCAGGUGUGAAAAUAUUAAGCUUGAAAGAUGUUCCAAGCCAGUAGAGCUUUCCUCAAAUAAAUCUGCAGGAAAAAAACUUCGUAUUUAUUGCACCAGAUGCCAAACACCACUUGGAUUGCAGAAGGAUGGCUUUCUUGUUUCAUCCUCAUUGUCAUCGCCCUCGAAAGUUUACUUGACAUAUCUUUCGAGACAUGGACUAUCAAGUAUUGACUUCGCACAAGAUCUCAUCUCAUCACCACCAGCUGUGGUAAAUGUUAUUGUAUGUGAUGCUUCUUCACUCAACCAAGAGAUCCUUCGAAAAUUCUGCGGCGAAGGUUCUGCUCACCAUUCUGGUGUUUGGUCUGAGAAGGAUGGAUGCGUAUACAAGCCAAUAACAUGCCCUUUCUGCCCUUGUGAAAAUGCUUCUGCGAUGGUGCUCGGAGCACAAGUUCUUGCAACUGACGCAUCAAAUCUACAAUCAUUAAACAAGGUGCUCUUGUUUGCUGAUCGUUUGGAUGUCAAGCAUGAACCCUCAAGUGAUGUCAAGCUUGAACCCUCGAGUGAACCGGUCACAAGUAAGCAGAGUGGUGCUGUUAAGCCAAUGUCACCACCACCAGUGAUGGAUCUCGAAACAUUUGCUUAUAAACCAUUGAAGAAGAAUCCUGUACCACUGAGCACGAGGAGGUCCAAGCUUAGGUUACCUACCAUGAACAAAUCCACAAGCCCACAAUUGGUGCCUAAAGUCGAGGAUCCAUAGGAUGUGAUUUGGUGUUCACAUGAUGGUACUUGGCGUCAGCUUGCUGCUCUAAAGCACCCAGAAAAGCUCGUUGCUCUAAAGCACCGGGGAAAUCUUGUUGCUCGCCUCAGCACCAACACAUGUCGCCGAAUGGAGAUGCUCACUCGACUGUGGGCUAGUUGAAUAGGAGUGAAAAAAGAAAUCGUUGAUGCAUGAUGCAAGGAUGUAAAUAUUUGCUUAUUGGCUUUCUAUUAUGUGAUGCAGUUGUAUAUAUGAGGAAUGGUGGCUAUACUUGUGACACUUCACUUAUAUAAUUGUAAAUAUGCACAAAUCGUGUGCCUGUUUGAAAAACA